AUGUCGAGGAGAAUCACAGUCGCAGCUGCCCAAGUCGGCGCAGUCCACAAAGACGCAUCCAAGCCAGAGACGGUCCAGAGACUCAUCAAACUACUACAAGAAGCAGCCGAGAAAAAAGUCCAACUGCUAGUCUAUCCCGAAUGCACUCUGACCACCUUCUUCCCACGCCACUUCAUCCAAUCCCAAGCAGAACUAGACCAGUACUUCGAACAUGGCGAAGACAUUACGCAAUCGAAAGAUAUCAAACCUCUCUUCGACGAAGCACAAGUACGUGGCAUUGACAUUUGCAUUGGAUAUGCAGAGCGCACGCCCGACGGAACGGGAUACAAUACCUCUGUGUAUUAUUCCGCUUCGGAAGGCAAGGUGAUUAGCAAAUACAGAAAAAUUCAUUUGCCGGGCAGAGUCGAGCCGUUUGAAGACCCGGAAGCAACGAAUCAGUUGGAGAAGCGGUAUUUUAAGCCUGGUGAUUUGGGCUUCAAGGCUUUUCGUGCGCCGGGCCUGGUUCCAGACGCGAGGAAAAUGUCUAUGCUCGAGAAGAAGGAGGAGGAGGAGGGAAAGGAAAAGGCUGAGCGAGCAGAUGGGAAAGGCGACCCGAUUAUGGGUAUGAUGAUCUGUAACGAUCGUCGUUGGCCCGAGGCAUGGCGAGUGUAUACUCUACAAGGAGCAGAGAUUUUGAUGUUUGGAUACAAUACGGGCUCUCACAUGUCGCAUCUCUGGGGCACUGGAAAUGACAUGACGCCCGACGAGCAAGAGAAGGAAGCCUUGUUCCAUUCGAGACUCGUCCAGCAAGCCAACAGCUACAUGCAUGCUUGCUUCUCCAUCUCAUCGGCCCGGUGCGGUGUGGACGAUGGCAAAUACGAUCUCAUCGGGGGAAGUGCCAUUGUCAGCCCCGAAGGCCACGUUGUCGCUGAAGCCAAGACUAAGGCGGAUGAGCUCGUUAUUGCAGAGAUUGAUUUGGCCGAGUGCAGGAAAGGGAAAGAAAAGACUUUUGAUUAUGCUCGACAUAGAAGAGUGGAGGCAUACUCCUUGAUUACCGAGCAGACGGGCGUGAUAGAGCCACCUCUACUCUCCUGAAGAAUGUAGCCAUAGCAUCUCUC